AUGUACUAUGAGAUCCGCCAGAUUGCGGAACCGUACAAUGAUAUUCUGAGGGAUUCUUCCAGUCACUCGUCGUGCCAAUUGGUCAUAUUUGUUUCAUGCCUGAACAUCGAUGCUCUCUGUGCGACUAAGAUGCUAUCGCAAUUGCUAAAAAGGCAAUUGGUUCAAUUGCAAAUCGUUCCAGUUUUUGGGUAUGCUGAGCUUAAGAGUCAUUACUCGAGAUUGGAUGAUAACAUUAAUAGUGUAAUAUUGGUUGGAUGUGGGGGGAGUAUAGAUAUUGAAUCUUUCUUCGAGAUUGACCCCAAGGAGCUACUUGUAGACAAUGAGGAUAAAGACGUCGAGAAGGGGGCAAAGUACAGAAGGAAUAUAUAUGUUUUCGAUGCCCAUCGACCUUGGAAUCUGGAUAAUCUGUUUGGAUCGGAUAUUGUGAAUUGUAUGGACGAUGGAACCGUUGAGGAAGAGCUAAGUGAGCAGAAGAAGGCUUACUUUCGACUACUUGAACUGGACAAUGAGAUGAAAGAGGGCGAUGAUGAGGAAGAAACGGAUGCAGAGCAAACAGACAAGGACGAGAAUGAUGAUGACGAUGAUGAUGAGGUUGAAUUUGUGAAUAGAAAGAGACCUAGUCCCGAAUCUAAAAAACAAAGCAGAAAACAGCAGAAGAAGGAGAUACAUGAACUCGAGACUACCAUAGAAGAGUACUACUCUAGCGGUACCUCCGUUGUCAAUUCCCUUUCUCUUCAAGUGUACUCACUCAUAUCGGCGGUUGGUGAAUGUAAUUUAAACUACUUAUGGUUGACAAUACUGGGAGCCACCUCGCUGGAUACACCACAUCCACAGGUGUACAAUAGACUAUAUCCAUUGUUACAGGACGAAGUGAAAAGAAUAUCGCUAAGUAACUACUCAGGCAAAACACCCGAUUCUCUUUCCCUAGAGAUCCAACCGGACUACUACUUAUUUCUGUUAAGACACUCAUCACUAUAUGACAGUUUUUUCUACUCCAAUUUCGUUAAUGCCAAGCUAUCUUUGUGGCGUGAGAAUGGUAAGAAACGGCUCCAUAAGAUGUUUGCUACGAUGGGUAUACCGAUAACUACAGCACAAGAAACAUGGAUUUAUAUGGAUCACUCGAUCAAGAGAGAACUGGGGAUUAUAUUCGAGAAAAACCUUGAGAGAUAUGGUUUACAGGACAUAAUAAGAGAUGGAUUUGUGCGUACCCUUGGAUUCCGUGGAUCAGUAAGUGCGAGUGAAUUUGUGGAAGCACUUACGGCACUGCUCGAAGCGGGCCAAUCAAAGAAUGGCCUUGCAGCUGAGUUUAAUAAUACCCAAGAAAAAGCGUCAGAUCAAUCGACCGACUCUGACCUCCCACAUAAGAGAUGGAUCGCCAAUUUUUGGCAAGGUUGGGAUGCUUUAGAUAAUGAUAAAAUUACUCUUCUGAAACACGGAAUAAAGUUAGCUCAGUCAUUACAAAAGGCGAUUUUCAACACUGGUGUUACUAUAUUGGAGAAGAAAUUAAUAAAAGACUUACGCAUUUAUAGGUUAUGUGUCCUUCAGGAUGGACCAGACCUGGACCUAUACCAAAACCCACUAACUUUACUUCGACUUGGAAACUGGCUGAUAGAAUUUUGUGCCGAAUCUGAGGAGAAACAUCUACUUCCGAUGGUUUUAGCGACGCUGAACGAUUCUACUGACACAUACUUAGUGGCUGGUCUUCCACCCAGAUACCCAAGAGGCCUGGAUAACUCACCGGUACGUAAACCAAUCGUGAACAACUUUAGCAUGGCAUUCCAGUAUAUGACAUCAGAGACAGGUGCAAGAGUAAAGAUCGAUAAUUUCGAGAGUUCAAUAAUCGAGAUUCGGCGUGAUGAUUUACUACCUUUCUUGGAGAAAUUGACGAUGAGCGGACUGCUCUAG